AUGACCGGCAGGCCAAUCAUAUGGUCCGAAACGCGUCAAGAGCUCUGCGAGAGCCUCCCUUACUACCGAGCCUAUCAAACCGGCUGCUACGUCACCUCCUCCCACCACUCUACCAAGACCCUCUCCACAGCCUCCCAUCCCUCAUCCGUCCUUCUCAAAGACUCUGUACCUUACGGCUACCUCCUAGCCGGCUUCCCCUCUAGACGCGAUGCGUGGUCGGCCAACGGUCGCGUCAUCAUCUCGCAUGGUGGAGGGAAAAGCCACGUUGUCCCUCCCGACGGCGACGAUGCAGCUGCUGGUUCCGCAUCGCAACCGAAAGCGAGCUUGAGGCAGGACCAGUCUGCGAGCGAUAGCAUCAUCAGAGCGCUUCUGCAUUCCGCAAGACACAGGUUGCCGAUCGUGCUAAUUGCGGGCGAGGGGUAUGCGUUGUUGCCGUGGAAGUUGGCGUGUGGGUAUGCUGUGUUGGGGUGGUAUGUGAUCACUGAUGCUUGGGCGGAGAGGGAGGCGAACGGCGGCGAGGGGGAUUUGGGGUAUGUGAGGUGGAAAUUUAGGUUUGAAUGGAUUCCGGCUCAGGGCGAGCCUUGGUGGGAGCUUGAAGCGGAAGGCGGGGGAAAGGGGUGGGAUCCGCGUUUGCGGGUGGAGACGCUCACAAAGGCCCAGCGGAGGCUGAGUAAAAAGAUGAGAGGCAAGACAGCGGACGGUCGCUCGGGAGCUUUGACGAUGUCUCGCUCAGACUCUUCGUCGUCAGAGACAGGGCACAUGGACGAAGACGAACGAGAGCACCUCCUCUUCGGACCCCUCGACCCCGCACCUCAACUUGUCUCCACCGUCACAAUCACACCCCGCUCCUCCACACCCUGCACCCUCACCAACUCUGCCAGAUGCCUCGUCUGCCAUUCCCCCAGCCCAACCGUCUUUGCCGAUUGGAUGUGCCUCCAGCCAACAUGCCCAGCCUUCUUCCUCCUGUCCACCGGCUCACCGCCUGCCGAGCAUUCCCUCACCUUCGCAACCUCCUUCUUGCGCCCACUCGGCGCCUCCCUCGACAGCACCUUCCCCUCCGGUCAACCGCCGUUCCCGCUCAUACCCGAACGACCGUCAUCGACGUCGAUGGAUCAAUCGCGCGGACUCUGGUGCAAGAAGUGCGGACGGUUGAGCUGUCGUGAAGUGAUAUUCCAGCCGCGGUGCUCGCAUUGUGGGAGCACAGUCGGCAACAGGAAGCCUUUGCCGUUUGUUGCGGCGCCGACACUCGAGCGGGAUUCGAUGGAUGUUUCGGGAGAGACGGAGGGCGACGCUCGGGUAUUCGAUCCGGUGAUCAGCGACGGUUCCGGGGUGAUCAUGAGUGUUAGGAGGGACGCUGGGUUGGUGAUGUAUACGUUCACCUUUCCAGAGACGUUUGGCGACUGCAAGGUGCAUCUCGUCCAGUCUGAUGUCGACAGAGGUGGACGGGAGGAUGAGGCGGAUAGGAUUUUCGAAGAGUUUCAGAGGUUGACUUGGCCGUCAUCUUCGUCUUCGACCGAAGCACCCGCGAAGUCGACCGAACGAAACCAUUCUACAUCAUCAACCACCUCCCAAUCCGGUACGAUCCACAACACAUCAAAUGUUGAAGCAAUCCCCUUCCGGCGACACGUGCUGAAAACCCACGCCGGCGGAGGACGAAUGCUGACGCAGCAGUUCACGUGCAACUACGGCGUCGCCUACAAACACGUUGUCGCCAUGGGCACGCAACCGCUCUGCACCCUCACCUCCCCCGCACCGAUCCUCUCCACCCUCUCUCUCCUGCACACCCGCACACGCAGCGUUGUCCCCUCACUGGAGCAAGACUUUAACGAACUCUACCCUGUGCUCUACCUGGAGCACCAGAAAAUGUCCUUCCACGACGACGGAGAACCGGGUCUCGGUCCUAUCGUCAGCUCGCUGAGUCUAGGAUCCGCGUGCAGGAUGAAGUUUCGAAUCAAGCAAAAAUUCUCCUCUCACUUUCCCCGGAUUACCAAUAGGACGCUACUCGAUCUUCCACUGAGACACGGGAGCGUAGUGGUACAGCAGGGGAAGGAUCUGCAGAGGAUGUUGGAGCACUGUGUCAAUCCGGAUGGAUUCAGGAUUGCUGUGACGGCGAGGAGGAUCGAUCCGGUGGAAAACGGAGGUCCGGUAAAGAGGUCAAGGACAGAAACGAGUGGUGCAGCACGGAAUGGUUCGAUCGGCAGAUCAGUCAAGCGGAAAGAAUGA